GUAAAGUCUUAUGAACUAGAAUAACUGGAUCGGAGGACGAGAUUUUAAUGGAUGGAAAGAAUGAUCGCCAGUGGUUGGGACUCUGGGAGUGUUGUUUGAUAAGCAGUUCGAUACGGGCUCACAGUAUGUAAUGUGUAUGAGUGGCGUGACGUAGGGUUUGGAUGCAGUGAGGUACAUGUCCGGGAUACAUCCUCACGGGCAGAAGGGGAGGCCCGCGUGACUGCAGGGAAGAGAGAAGUGGGGGAAUGCGAGCGCACCGCAAAACUCCCCCGGUGAAGAUGGAGGAAUGAGGAGGAAGGAGCCUUUUUAAAGCCAUAUUUAAAUAUUGACAUCAACUGCAAAAUUAUGUCACGUCAUUAGAGGAUUAUUUCUUUUCGUAUCUACUUUCAAAGCGUCCGCCGACACCCUCUCCGUUCUUGAAUGGACCGAACCUUCUGCAAUCUCAGGAUAUCUCUACUGGUCGCAACUUUGUAAGGGCAAAUCAUUAUAUUAUCAACAGACAUAGCUUCCAUGUAUGUCUCCUGCUCCGUCUGGACAUUAAGCACGUGAACCCUGCUGUUUUAUCGUCUCCGUGAAAGGCGCGAUCGACGGAGCAUUUCACCGUUGCCUGUAGGGUUUGCGGCCUGCUCGCGACUCCGGUUACCGCAAUGCCACGGGAAAAAGGAAUGAGCGGGGGGAGCCAGGAGAUGGAGCGAGAGGAGAGGAAAGGAAUGUUAUAUCGUAAAAGCAUCCGGUUUUCAGAAAACUAGGUAGAGGAGUUUGAUCAGCUCACUGUUUGCCCUCGAAGCCACAACAUCCUGUGGACUGUCAGAAAUGGCUUGUAUGUGUCUAAUAUCACUCAAGAGGUCAUCGGUACGGUUGUCUGUGAUUGUGUGAGAGUUUUUCUGCUGACAAAUUCCUAGCAAAACCGGUCCUGUCUGGCCUGGUGUGAACAUACAGCAUAACACGUCUUCAGCUACCCGGCAACUGACUUCACAUUUCAAGAGGACACCUGACUAACACCCCUGGAGACGUCCUUAGGCCGCUACCAUGCCCUCCCCAUCAGACACCAGCAGCCUGGCGUCUGGGUCCCGAGGCUGGUCUGACAGCCGGAGGGGGAUGUCGAGGCGGGGGCAGGGGGGCGCUCGCCUGCUGCUCUACCUGGGCCUGUGUCACGUGGGUCUGGGGGCCAUGGUCCUGGCCUUCUCCUUCACCAGCAUGGCCUUCACCUCCUCCGCUCGCGUCCGCCAGGCAUGCCCCUUCUGGGCCGGAUUCUUUGUGGUUGCAUCAGGCAUUGUGGGGAUCAUUUCCUGGAGAAGACCACUUACUCUAGUGGUGUCCUUGUUCAUGCUUCUGUCUGCAGUGUGUGUGAUCCUCAGUCUAGCUGGUUCCAUGCUCUCCUGUCAGAAUGCACAGAUGGUCAAAGCCCUGCACACCUGCCAGGUGGAGAGCGGCCUGUGUGUGUGCUGUGCCCCGACACACUCCUGCUCCAUAACAGAAGAGGACACCCUGGUCCUCUACCUGAGUGCUGACUGCCACUCAGUCAGACACCAGCUCAAGGACCUGCUGUUCAGUGCCUGUGGACUGAGCAUCCUCUCCACCAUCAUCUGCACGCUGUCCACCGUCACAUGCAGCAUCCACAUCUUCUCCCUGGAUCUGGUGCAUCUGCUCGCCCCCCAUCGUUCCCGGGCUGUCAACCCAGAAUGCACCACUCCCCAGGACGCCUUCUUAACCAACAUCAUCGACUUUGAGGAGUUUGUUCCCCCCAUCCCCCCUCCCCCUUACUACCCCCCUGAAUACACCUGCAGCUCGGAAACAGACGCACAGAGUAUCACCUAUAACGGCUCCAUGGAGAGUCCUGUUCCCCUCUACCCCACUGACUGCCCCCCUCCUUAUGAAGCUGUGAUGGGGCAGAGAGCAGCCAGCCAGGUGACGGUGUUUGACACCCACGCCACCGAGCCGUCCGGGGAGAGAGUCACUUCUACCGCCUUCAGUGGCGAGGUCUCCAUGGACAGUGGCUCCCUGCUCAUGUCAGAAAUCGUGGACAUCCCUGACGACUCGUCUCCCUCCGAGGACUCCUGCCUGAUGGAGGUGGGGGUGAGGCCUCGUGGGGAGCGUGGGGAGCGUGGGGAGCGUGGCGCCGGCUGCGGGGGAGGCGAGGGGGGAGAGGGGGGAGAGUACGUCAGCUUCAGGGGGCCUCCGUCUCAGACCCCCGAGAGUCCCCUGGCGGGCCCCAGGGCCAGUCGCUUCUUCAGAGGGGAGAGGUCCAACUCCUGUUCCUCCCCCAGCACGGCGACCACCACAUACAGGUCUCCAGUGUUGCGUCGGCAGGCCAUGUUAGCCAGCAGCUGUUCCCAGCUGGAGGUGAUAGGGGGCGCUCUCUCCAUCCCAGAGAUCCACGUCCGCCCCUCCACCCCGUCACGCCGAGACCCCGCCUCCCUCAGCUCCACCAAUCCCUCCUCAUCCUCGGCUGUCAAUCAUCCGGGUGCUCGGAGGGGCAAAGUGCCCCUGCACAUGCAGCCCCUGUCACUACGCCAACAGGAGGGCAGGAGAGGGGAGCAGGAUGGAAGUGGAGAGAGGAGGGGCAGCGAUGGGCUGCUACCGCUGAUAAGGUCACACAGCGAGCCAGGACUUAGCUCCUCUACAGAUACAGGUGACUUCACAGGCUCGGUGGGCAGUAAAGGGAUAAGUGACAGAGGCUCUCAGACAUCCACAGACACAGGCCCAUCUUCUGAGGCUUGCCUCUUGCCUCGCUCCUCUCUGGCGCCCCCUGCCUCGCUGCCCAGGAAAGGCAGUGUGAAGGCAGGGGCCAUGGGAGGACAGCUACCUUCCAAGGUGCCCCCUGCCUCUCCUCUGCACCUGCCCAAAGACUACCACCGCUCCCUGGGAGACCUCAAGGUGACACGAGGGCUGGUGGCUCGCUUCCUCCAGCGCUCUAAACGAAACCUGGCACCUGCCGCAGAGCAUGCUGGGAACACGGGGCAGGGGGCGAAGAGACGGGGCGGUGCAGAGGGCAACGCUGCUGGUCAUCUGCCUCUAGAGCAGGUGUUGCGUAACACUUGGGGAGCAGGACGGGCUCACCCCCCCCACCCCCGUCGCCACCACCAUUCUCACAGUGACAGCCGACACAACCGUCAUCACAGCAACCGGUCCCCGGCAUUGGAGGGGAUCCACUUGCGUAGCUGCGGAGAUUUAAGCUCCACCUCCUCCGCGUCGCUACGGCGAUUAGUGGCUCCACACGGGUCGUCGGGGGCUCUGUACAUGGAGUCAGUUCUGUGAAGAGGAGGAGGAGGAGAGAAGGAGAGGGAAGGAAGAGAGGAGAAGACUAAUGUUGGAACCACCCGCUGUGAUUUGGGCAGAGGGCUUCCUUCUCACUGAGUGGAGGGUUUGAGAAGGAUGAGCCAGGAAAUGAAAGGGUUCAAAAUGUGAACAAUGCAUCAAAUGAACAAGGCACAUAUCGUUCAAGUAUUUCCUUCUUGAUUUUCCUUCCUGACUUUGCCCCCUCCUAGGAGGCACCUCUGAAUGUCCCUGUCCUUAAACAGUGGUGCUGUUUCCUUCACACCAACCUUCAACCGGGACAGUAGAGGUUAGAAGUGAAGCGGGAAGGGUAAAUUGGAUCCCUGAUUAACUUCCAUCUGGUGCACCUGUCUUCUCCUCUGGGCCCACUGGAAGCUGCAGUCCUUCCAGAGAGGGUCCCUGGGACAGAGAGGGUCCCUGGGACAGGAGGAGCCUGCUUCACCGGCUCUGCACCCACACCAAACUGCAUACUCUCAGCUGCAUAUCACACCCCAUACAUCGUGCGGUUCACCCUGUUUUCUAUAUCCACAUUUGCCAGUUAGAAGAGCACAGUCACCCUGUCUUCCAUACCUGCAAAGGUUCACAUGCUCUCCUCUCCUGUUGUGAUUGUUUUGUUAACCUAGCUCAUUUUCUUUUAGCACUGACAUGGAAAAAUCCCAUUUUUGAUUUCUUUCGCUUCAUCUCCUACCUCCACGCAACCUUCAAGAGGAGUUUUCUCCUCCAACUGUCACCCCACCCUACACGUCUAACAUCACACACUCAAACUUGAGCCCUGGAUGUGUAUAUUCUCUCUUUGGGGUGAUUUUUGACCACGGUGGUUUUGAUUUGAAUAUCUGCAUGUUUCCCUACGAUCUCCCUGAAAGCUCCAGAUGUAACAGGAGACUCGUUAAGAUACACCUCUUUUUAAAACAAUCUGGCAAACUGGUCGACUGCGUAGGUUGAUACUUUUCUGAAUGGCUCUCUGCAUGUUUGGAAAUGCCUGUUACUUUUGGCUUCCUCCCUUGUAGAUGUCCCUUUAAAAUGUGCCCAUGUACUGCUGUUGAUGAGCUAGUGUUGAGGAGUUGAACCCACUGUCUUGGAUAAUCAGCUUUGAAAAAUGAUCUACCCCUGUCACAGUAACAGUGACAUGGUUGUUACCACUAUUCUUGCCGACAUGACAAACUGAAUAUUCUCUUUCACAUAGUUGGCCAAACAGUUGUGUAUAUCUAAGACUAUGGUUAAACCACUCCUGUUGUGUAUUAAAAAACAAUUCACCUCGGUAUAAUUCUGAAAGCACUGAAGAGGUUUUCGCAAUAAAUGUACAGAUGUGCUUGUGUAGAUGAUAUAAGAGACUGUGUAGUAAACAGAAUCUGCGAGGUCUGCUCCAUCAAAACAUUUCGGUCGAGUGACAGUCGUCAUUAUGAGUUUGUUUCUGAAAAACGAAUAAUAUCUGGCCACUGGAUUGGUCUGCCCUGCCACCUGACCUAAACCAAGUGAUGCUCACUGAAUCAAGAUAUCAGCCCGGUGUCUGGGAAGUUUUGAAUAUACACUCAUAAACUGGAUGUAGGUAACUGACGGAAACAUUAACACUCACUCACUUGCACACAGACACACUGAGCUGUGUUUAAAGUGAUAGUUUCUACCUCCAGUCUUGCACAUGGAAACAUUAUUUGAGGAAAUGUAUGGCUUGACCUGAUCCUUAAGACCUAAAUAAAGUUAAUAUAUUCAAUAUGACAUUCAUUUUAAA